UGAUCUAGUGUGAAAUGCCCUGGCAGAGUUUAACUUGAUCUAGUGUGAAAUGCCCUGGCAGAGUUUUAGGGGGAAAGGUGAUGAGUAAGCCCAAGAAGAAACUUGUUUAUGUUUCGCAUGGUCCAGUGCAUGCUGGAGAGGUAUGUGUGUUAGUAGGAUGGGAUCUAGUUGGCUGCCCAUUCUCUAUUGGUGGUCCUGUUUGGAGUUCAUCCUUGUAAGCUGAGCUGGGGCCUAGCUAGCUUCUACUGUAUUCACUCACUCAGCUCACUCACUUUGCCUGCUGUCUCCAGUCUUGUGAUCUACUGGCUGUGAUUUCACAGACAUACUACUUAUAUUCUACCUCCAGGAUGCCUUUUGAGCUGUAGAAACACUUUCAUACCUGUUGGAAGAUAUCUCACAAUGUCUUAAUUCUUGGGAAACAGAUUUUUUUAACAUCUUUGAAAGCAUACAGUUUUGAAUACAUGGCCGGAUCAGCAAAUUUGUGUUUGGAGUAGCACUAGUUGUUGUGCUGAAAAAGUACAAUUAUUAUCAGCUCAGCCAUGUUUGAAUUAUAAGAAGGAUGCCUGGGCAUGCUUGAAGGAAGAUUUCUUUGUUGAUUGCAUGCUUGUAAUCUUUCUCAUAUAGGUCAUACCUGCCAGUAUGUAUCCAGCUGUAAUGUGUCAUCUUCAGUAGUCUGGAUAUGAUGAUUGUGUUUAUCAGUGAGGUUGUAAUGAUGUCAUGGAAUAAGAAGGCAAGAUCAAGGUGAAGUACUCCAUCUCUCUUUGCUCAAAAAGAAAGAAAUACCUACCAUAGGAGUCAUUCAUGUAAUGGGUGAUGGAGAGAGAGCAUUCCUCAGAAGAUUUUAUGGCUCUGUUUAUUUGAAAGUAGGAAAGCUGGAUAUUGUCACGACCAGAUAUCUUUAGACCAAACUGAUCAACAAGAAUGACAGUGAAAAACAGAUGCUUGCUACCAUAGUUACCAAACCUUAAAAUGGAAUAUUAUCUUGGAUUAUACUACAGUCAAGAGCUUGAAAAUGAUGUUGUUUUGAAAGCUGUACAUUUGUGAAUUUCAUAUAAAAUUCUGGAUGACAGAGUUCAACAUUUGAGCAAGCUAAGGAGCGUCGUCCACAGACGAAGCCCCCAGGUGACAGUCUACCAUCCUCCUCGUCUACUCAUGAAUACAGUAGGGCAGGGCGUGAGCUAUCAGCCCAUCCUCCCCUACACUACCCUCAUGCAACCAUUCAUCCAACCAUACAUCCACAUCAUCCAUUCCCUACCCUGCCAUACAUGAUUGACCCAAGGGCAAGCUUCAUAGACCCAAGAUAUGGUAUGGAUGGUCGUAUAGGGUACCAUCCUCCCAUCCCUGUCAACUCCAGGACUCAUGAGGGCAGGUAUCAUUUUGACCAUAUGCAUCACCCUUUACACGGCCAUACCCCCGGCAGUAGUCCAGUACUAUCUGAUGUAUCAUUAAUCCGUCUCACACCUCAGCGUAGUGGGCUAGGCAGCCUUGCUGAGAGUCCUAUCUAUCCUUACUAUGCAGUGCCUCAGUAUGUAGAUCACCUACAUGGUAGCCCGGCUCUAUCAAUGUUAUCACAUGCGAGAGGUCUUAGUCCCACAGGCUCAAACUCAGGAGGUGAUUUAGGACCGCGAGCCACCCCAGGUAGUUACAUUCCCCAGCUUUCAUAUGGUCAUGGUGUAUCAACAGACCUGUAUAGUCAUCCACCCAGUACUGCAGGGAGCAUUGAACAUCCAGCAUUGGACUUCAGCUCAGUCGAAGGUUCCAGAUUCUCAAGUCCGAGACCAGGAGCUCGUAUGAGUAGAAAGCGUGCCCUCUCCAUCUCUCCACUCUUCAAUGAGUCCAUAGAUAUUAAUGCUAUGAUACGCACUUCACCAAACUCUCUGGUAGCGUAUGUGAAUAAUUCUCGUAGCUCUUCAGCUGCUAGUGGUUCUUAUGGUCAUCUAUCAGCUGGUACAGUAAGUCCAGUCAAUUGGAAUCAUCCUGUUACACCUCUAGCACAUCUACAUCAUCUUCAACAGCAGCUCAUUAGACAUCACAGGGGUUUUACUGGGGCGGGGUACCUACCAACCAACGUGCCCCCUCCCCAGCAUCCUGCCAUGGCUACACUAUUAGCAAGAGCUCAUGGUCAGCAGCAACAGCAGCAGAGUGUGGCGGGUCCUGAUCCUCACUCUGUAGUACCCCCUACACAUAACAACAACCAUUCCAAGAAGGCUGCAGAGUUUGAGCAUCAUAUCCCUCAGGUUAGCAAGCAAGUAACUGAGCCUAAUAACAACCAAGUGACAAGCAGUGUGGAUUUAGACAAUCAUCAAAGCAAAGGAAUGGAUGAUCCUAAUACUGUCUCCUCUACAUCUCAUAUGGAGGGUUCUCCUUCAGCUCCAGCUCCAGGUGGAGAUCAUCGAGAUGAUGAUGGAGCUCAUGGUGGAGAAGAAGAUAUCCCGGUAGUAACAGAUUGUGAAUGGGAUGACUGUCAUAGGAAGUUUGAUACCCUAGAUCAACUUGUUCAGCAUAUCAACAAUGAUCACAUCCAUAACGAGCGUAAGGAGUUUAUCUGUCAUUGGCGUGAUUGCAUUCGGGAGGAGAAACCUUUCAAAGCUCAGUACAUGCUGGUCGUUCAUAUGAGAAGACAUACAGGAGAGAAACCUCAUAAAUGUAGUUUUGAAGGAUGUUACAAAGCUUACUCUCGACUUGAGAACCUCAAGACUCAUCUUCGAUCCCAUACCGGUGAGAGACCGUAUGUCUGUGAGUUCCAGGGAUGUACCAAAGCCUUCUCUAAUGCAUCAGAUCGAGCUAAACAUCAGAACAGAACUCACUCCAAUGCAAAACCUUAUGCAUGUAAGAUAACUGGGUGCACUAAGCGAUACACGGAUCCCAGCUCACUACGCAAGCAUGUGAAGACUGUACAUGGACCAGAAGCUCAUGUAACUAAACGACAACGAGGUGAUAAACGUGAUCCACCAUCGGGGUCAGGUGGUGAGAAGGAAGGGCGUAAAGGAGAUGACAUGGAUAAAAAGAGUCCAGGAGAUGUUAAACCAAUCACCAAAGCAAUCUCUGUAUCAUCAAACUCAACCAAUAACAACAGGACAAAAGGUGUACCUCAGGAAUGUCACACCAGUGCCCAUCAAAGCGUCCAUCUCAGCGCACCUGUCAAUGAUUACAGCUCCUCUCCACAUAAUGACAGUGGUGUAGAGAUGAAUGCUACCGGAGGAAGUAUUGGAGACCUUACUAGCAUUGACGAUGAGAAACUGAUCCAAGAUGAUCAGAUCAGUUCUAAUGUUGGAGACUUAGGAGAUGGGAUUGGCCAUCGAGGAAGGAUGGGUAGAAGAGGAGGAGGAGGGGGAAGGGGCAGUUUGACAGUGACGACAGCCCCCACCAUCAUUGGGAGGACAACAAGCCCCUUUAUGGAGAGAUCUAUCAAGAUCAAAGCAGGGAUGAGUAGACCUACUCACAAAGCUAAGACAGGGGUACAUAUCUUACCUCAGAUGCCUCCACCACCACCACCACCUCUUCAGCAGCAGCUACCACCUGUCAUCAAUAAUAACAAUCAUGGUAUUGACUACAAGCCCAAGGCUCGUAACAUUGAGAAACUGAUCUUUGAGGAGCGUUGCGAUAGCUCUCAGUCUAUGACAGGCAAUCUGGACAACCUGGGGAACAGACGAGGCAGUGACCAUAGCACUGUCAGUUCGUAUUUCAGUGGUAGGUCAUCAGAGGCUUCCCCAUUCUUCAUGGGAAGUCAGUUCUCAAGCAGACGGUCAAGCCAGGCCAGUUCAUACAUGUCUUCAAUGUCCUCAAGAAGAACAUCUGGAGCAUCACAGUGGUCUGGUCAUAUGGGUAUGAACUCUCCCUAUGACCCUAUCUCUAUUGGAUCAUCACGGAGAUCGAGUGAAGCGAGUAGUCUGAAUGGUCCAACAGGACUUCCAGGUUUAACACUGGCACAGCAACGCUCCCUGCAGGCUAGGUAUGAACAGACUAUAAUGCAACAGAAUAGUGGAGAUGAAAGGUUUGGAAUGACCCCUUCACCAAUGCCACCUCCAGGUUAUAGGAGAUUGAGUGGUGUGGCCAGUAUGCCACCCCAUCCUCCAAGGACUCCUCUACCGAAUGAGAUUCCAGGAAAUGAAAUACGUAGAGGCAGUGAACCCAUAUCCUCUAACCAGAACUCACACAUGAACAGGCGCUAUAGCUCAUUCAAUAACAAGCAACCACUUCCACUACCAGAAAAUAUGAAGAAUUUCAGACCUGCGUUCCACAACAUUCAUCAUCCACCAACAAUACAUGAACAAGAUGGAGGAUCAGGAAGGGAGCAAUGGCAGAACAUCCCUCAGAAUCACUAUGAACAUGGGACUAUCCCUGAAGAGAGUAUGGAUACCGGUGGAAGUGGAGGACCAGAGGAGUUCAUGUUCCCUGAUGAGAUGGUCCAAUUUCUCGAUGAUCAAUGUAAGCAGGAGAUGCAAUGGACUGGACAGAGACAGAUGCCUGCUGGUGGUGGUGGUGGUGAUGGUGGUAGAGGUUUCAAUCAACCUCAUGGUAACAACCAUCCAGGUCAUAACCAGAUGCAAGGUGGUUACAACAUGCAACGUAAUACUCAAAUGAACAAUGGUGGUAUGCAACUUGCAGCCCAGCAAGCUCAACAACAACAACAACAACAACAACAACACCACCAGCAGCAGCCAGUGUACAACUCACAAAACCCAGGAUUCCCUCAGCAUAUGAAACAGGAGAAUAGGCACAUGGGUGGCCAUCAUCAACAGCAACAUGUCAACUGCAGUAUGCAACAACCUUCCACCAUGGAAAUGUCUCCAGGUUGCAACCAGGUUACCAGUACUGUGGAUGCAAUGAGCAACCCUUACAACCAGCAGCAACACCAGCAGCCGCCCCAGCAACAAGCACAACAGCUACCACAGCCACCCAGGCAGCCACCCAGGCAGCCACCACAUGCUCCAAUGGGAGCUAUGGAAUGUGAAAAUGAUCCCGUUGCAAACAUGCUAGCAGCACUCAACUCUGAUGCACUGGAUCAUGUUCAGCAGAUAGUACCAGAAACCAUGGAAAGUGAAACUGAGAAUAAGAUGCCAUACAACUCACAGGGUGCUUCAGCAGGUUAUCCUCAACAGGAGAAUGUCGUCAAUCCUACCAUUUCUAAUAUGGCUGUUACUGACAUGUCCUCUAUGCUUACCUCCUUAGCAGAGGAAAAUAGAUUCCUUUCAAUCAUGUAAAUCUCAGGGUCACAUCUUCUAGGGUAGAGAGAUCCAGACUUUCUUUCAAAUUAAGCCCAAAGAAAUGUGAACAAAAUGCUGCUUAAUGAGCUUCCAAUUAUUACUAGAAAUGUCUGCAGAUAAGAUGGUACAUGUAGUACCAUACUCACUAUGAAGUAUACUACUUCUACUAUAAUUGUGGCCUUGUAUGUAGUUCAAGACACAGAUACAGACAAAGUAGGCUAUAGCUUUAUGUUUUCUUGUACCCUAAGAGGUUUGUUGUUAAUGUGUGCUGCCUGUACAGACAGGCUGUCCCCCUUCUCUUGGUGGGUCUGUGUUUGUCUUAUUUGAAUGGCUGUUCCAGUUUGGCAUCAUUAUUUACAGAGAACUACUUGCCAAAGGAAAGAAUUUAAGACCCACAUUAAGAAAUGUUUUCAUUUUAAACUCAUAACAAAUGAUACAUUUCAUUCUUGAUUAUGUACAAUUUGCCAAUCCUUUGUUUGCUCGUUGUUGUAUUUUUUGCGUGUGUAUUUAUUUUGAUGUCAUGAAAAUAAUGAAACAUCACCUAUUGUAAUGUAAUAGGUUUUUAUUGUGAAGUGUGCUGCCUGGCCUGGACAGGGUCUGAAACCUCACUCUCUCCUAUGAGAGGUGUCAUAAGAGUUAGUUUAAAGGCUGUCCCAGUUUGCUAUUACAAAAUUAUAUCAGUAUUAAAAGCCUUGAAACUUGUGUGCCUUUGUAUUCUACACCGUGUGCUCCAUCCAAUUGAUUCAAUUUACUGAUAUGAACAUUAUAGGAAGUAAACAUACUAAGUGAAGAAUGUUUACUUUGAAAAUAUGGAAUUCAUAAUCUACUUUGUCAAGAUAUUUUGUGCUUCCAUUGAAAAGAUGAUUAAAUAGAAAAAAAUUCUGUUCAUCAAAAUACUUUGAUUUUAGAAUCAUGUGUGUGCUCCCUCUAUGGCACAAUAAAAUCUUCUCAAGAUGUCAGAAGCAAACGUGAUCUGAAGCAAUUAUUAUGUAUGAAGAAUAUUGCAUGUACCUAAACUAGCCCUAUGGGUUCAGGGGGGUGUUUCACAAAGAUCCUAAGUUGAACUUAUCUCUAAGUUGGACUUAAAAUUUAUGGGAAGCCAUUAGCAUCCUUGAAAAUAUUUUGUU